CUGACAUGGAAGUUGAAGUUGACGUCAGCAGGUCAGCUGACGAAAUGGUACGUGAGGCUUUCCAAGAUGGCGGCGUCCUUGUGUCGGUGUUAUGGGAUGUUUCUCAGAAACGGUCUGAUCCUGCCCCCCAGCUCAUACAUUUCAGCAUUCCAUAAAGCAGAUGGCCAAAGGAUAUAUAGAGCCAGUGCUGUUGCCUUACAGCUGCGUUCUGCAUCCAGUCGUGGGAAUCCGCGAAAAGGUUUCUUAGGGGAGUUUGUGGACUCCCUGAAGCAAGAACUUAGCAAGAACAACGAGAUGAAGGAGAAUAUAAAGAAAUUCCGUGAAGAGGCCAAAAAGUUGGAGGAGUCGGAUGCUCUACAACAGGCUCGAAAGAAAUAUAAAUCUAUUGAGUCUGAAACUGUGAAAACAUCUGAAGUGCUGAAAAAGACACUGGGGUCAUUCUCUGAAACUGUAAAAGGGAGCUUGGAGGAGGUCAGCCGCACCGACCUGGGCAAGAAGAUAAAGGAGGGUGUGGAAGAGGCAGCCAAGUCUGUGAAGCACUCUGCUGAGUCUGUGUCUAAGAGUGGAGAGAUGCUGGGGAAGACCAGUGCCUUCAGAGCUAUCUCCCAGGGUAUGGAAACGGUGAGGAAGGAGAUCGAUGAUCCUUACAGCGGUCCUUACCGGCCCCCCUCAAGAUUGCGGAAGAGGAGUGAGUUCUCAUUCAAAGGGGCAGAAAAUGAGAGUAGGGUGUUUGACGCUAAUGAAGAGGCAAUGGGUGUUGUCCUGCAUAAGGACUCUAAAUGGUUCCAGCAGUGGAAGGAAUUCAAAGACAACAACAUGGUCUUUAACAGGUUCUUUGAGAUGAAGAUGAAGUAUGAUGAAAGUGAUAACGCCUUAAUCCGAGCAACUCGUGUUGUUACGGACAAAGUCACCGAUUUGAUUGGUGGCCUUUUCUCUAAGACGGAGAUGUCUGAGGUUCUGACUGAGAUCCUGAAGGCUGAUCCCAGCUUUGAUAAGGACCAAUUCCUCCGUCAAUGUGAGCGUGACAUCAUCCCCAAUAUUCUGGAGGCCAUAAUACGUGGUGAGCUGGAGGUUUUGAAAGACUGGUGUUAUGAAGCUACGUAUAGCCAGCUAGCACAUCCCAUCAAGCAGGCUAUUACCAUGGGAUUGCAGUUCCAAUCUAAAAUCCUGGACAUUGACAACAUUGAUCUGGCUAUGGGUAAAAUCAUGGACCAGGGUCCUGUGCUUAUCAUCACCUUCCAGGCACAGGUUGUCAUGGUGAUCCGCAGCUCUAAAGGGGAAGUUGUGGAGGGAGACCCGGAGAAGGUCCUGAGGAUGAUGUAUGUUUGGGCGCUGUGUCGCGACCAGGAAGAGCUGAACCCUCAGGCUGCCUGGAGACUGCUGGACAUGUCUGCCUCCAGCACUGAGCAGGUGCUCUGAGGAGCGAAGCUUGGAAUGGAGGACAGGCCAGAGAUCACACACACACACAAACACAACACACUCUCUGAAUACACAUUAUCCCAUCCAUUUAAUAACACACCUGUAUGCUCAUUCUAGGCAGGGAUUGAGUGUGUUUGUGUUGUCCAGGCAUCAAGUGGAGGGUGUUUGAUAUCAAGAAAGCCAAACGGUGUGCUACAUGGAAUUACAUCUUUUAAAGAUAACAGCUCCCCUGAGUUACAGCCCUUAGCAGCUGUUGUUACCAUGAUCGUAGCUCUCAAAUUCAAUUCAGCUGAGAGGAGAUCAAAUGCCACGUUGGACUUUUUCUCUUCAAGAUCUUCAGGGCUCAGUAUCUGUAGUGUUUCCUUCUCCUGAUGUAGUUGUUCUAUUUGUUGUUGCAACCAGAAUGCUAAAAAAAGAACAGCUCCCAGAUUUCCCACCACUUAGCAGCUGAUGGUGUUUCCCAACAUUUUGUUUGAAGUUGUAUUCGAUGAGGUUUCAUCAAUGCAUCGUGUUUUUGAAAGUCUAGAAAAGGGUAUGUUGCUAAAACAAAUCAAACCGUCCACUUUGCUGUUAGAUUAUUUAAAAUAUGAAAUGAAAUGCACUGGGUGUGCCAAAUAUAUAGUCAUUUUUGACUAUGAUUUGUGAAGCCCUGUGCAAAUGUGUUAUUGCUCUGGGAGGGGGACUUUGACAAAGCAACCUCUCAAAGCCCCACCUCAUCAGUGUGAUGAAGAGGACCAAAGGAGGUGUGCAAACAUAGUUGAAACAUAACAAAGCUGUUUUGUGACUUAUUUAACUGUUUACAUUGGACUGUGAAAUAGGAACCAUCGCAGUAUCUGAGCUAUAAUGUUUCAUAGGAUAUGAGUUCAUAGGAUAUUUCCUAUGAGGAAGCCUCUGUUAAAGUCUAUAUCAUACUUGCCUUUUUUUUCAACGUCAGACCUCGAUAUGGUGUCAAGAAAUUGUAUUCCAUUUUUUAUUUUAUUUUGCCUUUUUCAUCAGCAGCCAUUACAGAGUUUCUGAAAGAGCAAGGACUCCUUGUGUUGCACUUACACUGUAGCUGAUUUUGGUAUGCAACGGUUUCUGUUGUCUAAUGACUGAUGUGGCAUGAUGCUCCUACAGUGGUCAUGCCAUAAGGACCAUGAUUUUAUUCUGUUAAAGUCUGUGCAAAGUUUUGUGGCAGAAAAACUCUGUUUAUUCUAAGCCACUGUUAAGUAGUGAAGUGGUUUCUUCCCAUGCAGGAUAUGACCAGUUAACUAUUCAAGAUGACUGUCUAAAGACCUAUAUUUUUUUCUUUAUCCUGAAAAGAGUUAUCAUAUGAUUUUCUGAGGGUCCACACCAAUUCAUUUUCAGUUCAAUGAGGAUCUCCCACAUGUAAUGAAUUAUAGACACUAGACUAUUUAUGAGGGAGAGAAAGAGAAAGAUUUAGGUUGGUAUAUUGAAGGUACUAUGUAUGACUGUCUAGAUAUUUAAUGCUGAAUUUUGUAAUAAAAUUGUCAAUGUCAAAAUGUA